AUGUCUUACCUGUUCCAGUCGUUUUGUUUCGUUUCCACGACUCAUCAUCUUUGGGACCCCACAAUAGAUCCAUCGUCAACCCGUUCUCUUGAUGAAACAACACAGCAAUCAUCCGAACCCGACAUACCUGGCAAUCAAAACCGCGUUCAAAUACGCAGCCAUCCUGAUGAACCUCCAGUCCCUAGUACGGCCUCGAUGAAAAAUGGACAGCUCCCACCACACUAUCUGCGGAUGUCUGGCACGUACUAUUUAUCACCUUAUAGCGACGCUGAAGAUCUCUGUCUUCUCUAUGCAACAGUUCCCCAUCUUAGUGCCCCGGGCACCAGGGGACUAGGUGAUCAAGAGCUAGGGCGUGGACAGGAACAUACCAACAAUAGCGAAGAACAAGGUGCCACGCCAACCCACCCCAGAGAAACAAUCGAUCCUCGUGAGAAGAAACAGCUGCAGUGCAAAUGGGAAGGGUGCGAUCACCCUCCCUUCGAUGAGAAAAGCGAGAUCUUACAACAUAUCAGCGCCCGACAUCUAUUAGAAGUGAAAUACCAUUGUCGGCACGCUUAUUGCAACAAGGCUUACAAGACCAAGGCAGGGUUAUUGAAACACAACGAAGAUGACCAUUGA